AUGCGACAUACCAAAUGUGUAUAUGCACCUGAUAGUAAAUCUUGGUCGUGGGACCAUCUUUCACCUUUUGUAACAGAAAGAUGCGUGUUUUUCGGCGACUUCAAUGUGGAUUUUGAACAGGAUAAAGCGAAAGCUGAUCUGUUCACAGACUGGCUUGAUAAAUUAUCUCUAACGCCUUAUUUUACAGCUCUUCAUACCUCCAAAAGAUCAAAGCGAAAAAUCGACUACGCACUAACAUCAGGCUUUUCGAUAGCCCUUCAAACAUACGAAGGUAACUCAUCAAGCGAUCACAAACCUAUCUUAGCAGUGUUACCAACAUCUAAAAAAGAAACAAUUUUUGCUAGGAACGUGCACUGGAAUGUCUUUACAUUGUUCUGUGAAUACGUAUUUCCACAGUGGGAAAAAAUUUGGCAUCUAAACGAAAUGAAUAAAGUGUACGAAGAUUACACAUCUUUUUUAGCUCUACUGACUGCACGUUGUACGGUUAUGUUCCCUCUGGACAAAUACCGAAUAGCACUACCAAAAAACUUAAGAGCUUAUAUGUCACACACACGUGCUCUAUCCUUUAAACAAAAACGUUCUGGUGACACUCACCUUAGAAACACAAUAUAUCACAGGAGAAAGGCGGCAAAAUUUGAACUUAAACGAUUUCUAUCAAAUCAUCUAGCGGAAUCACUGGCUGUCAGAAACACAUCAUCACCUCGAUCAAUUUCAUUCUGGUCCAAAGUCAAACGAUCUAUGAAAUCGGCAUCAUCAUCGCUACACGGCUUCAUAGUACAAAACAACGACGUAAUUAAGGACCGCAAGAAGAUGUGCGAAAUAGCAGCGAAUUACUAUGAAAACUUCUUCAACAAACCGCAGAAUAUCUAUUAUCCACACCCAUAUACUGAUAUUCCUGAAAUAGAAGCUGACAACUACAACGAAAAAAUCCCACUCGCCACAGUGGAUGAAGUGCUAGACAUUGUGCUAGCAAAAAAGAAAAAGAAAUCUUGCGACGCUCAUGCAUUAUCUAACUAUAUGUUCAACUUUCUUCCACUAUCAUAUUGGACAUUGAUGACAGAGAUUUUCAACGACUCAUUUCUAAACGCAAACUUUCCGAACGCAUGGAAAGACUCGCGAAUACUUCUACUAGCAAAAAAAGAACAUAUAUGCGAGGUCAAUUCAACGAGACCUAUAUCGCUUCUCGAUGUCUUUCUCAAAGUUAACGAAAAACUAUUUCAAACGCGUUUCAAUGAUGUACUACUCAGAAGAGGAAUUCUACCGGACAACCAAUCCGGCUUUAGGGAAUCUUUUCGCCUGCAAACAAGAGUGCUCCUUUUCUUUGAACAAGUAGCUAGCCUUAUGUCAAACAGUUCUCCAAUCGCAACCAUUUUCGUCGACUUUAAAGCAGCCUUCGACCAACUCUGGUUUGAAGGUUGUAUAGGUAAACUAAGAAAAAUGAAUAUCCCAAAAGACUACCUAUCUUGGAUAUACGCAUGGCUAACGAAACGUAGAGCAUACAUUGAAAUCGAAGGGAUUAGAUCCCGUUGGUUUAAUAUCUACAAAGGUUGUCCUCAAGGAUCAAUCUUCUCACCGACGCUGUUUAUUGCAUAUCAUGCGGAUAUGGGUGAUUUCUUAGGUGGCUGUCUAAGUCAUUUCUUUGCAGAUGACCUAGCCGCAAUCGUAGCAGGCAGUAUUGGUAUGAAAUAUACGCUACAGUGUAUCGAGCUCGAAAGAAAGCUCCAAAAGUUCCUCGAAAACCUUGAAUACUAUUCUAUUCUAACAUCACAACCAAUCAAUUUUGCAAAAACGGAAGGUUUGUGGUCAGCGAGAGCAGUCGGGGCACCUAAGUUCGAUAUAUCGUCAUCUAAUGGAGUAAUUCAAUGGAGUAAAAAAUUCAAGUAUUUAGGCUACUGGAUCACUCCGAAAUGUAAAAAAUAUUGGGAGAAAUAUUUCAUAGCCCUCUCUGAAAGUAAAGAUGGCGAACUUCUCCUCGAACAAGCGAACCUCAACACAUUUCGCGAAAUGUGGAGAAAUAAAGAAAUGAAAAUAACACAAAUCCGCGUGUCGAAAAGAUUUGUAGAACAUGUGUCCGUGAUCGAAAAAGUAGUGCGAUGGUGCCACGAAACACCAAUGUAUAGCUCGCUACCAGACUACGAUAUCGAGGAUAUCUCAACACUAGCCGAUUUCCCUGAAACGUUCUAG